AUGGGGUCACUAAAGAGAAAGUCCCCAGAGGAGCCUUCAAGUUCAACUUUGCAACCACUCCAUGACUGUGUGCACCAUGUCUCAUAUCCAGAUGGUUACAACAACGUCCACGCUUCUUCUUCUUCUCCAACUCACACUACUACUUCAGAACCCGCCAAGAACUUCCCCUUCCCUCUCGACCCUUUUCAGUCCAAAUCCAUUUCUUGCCUCGAAAACGGCGAGUCCGUCAUGGUCUCUGCACACACCUCUGCUGGGAAAACCGUGGUGGCAUUGUAUGCUAUUGCCAUGUCCCUCCGUAAUGGCCAGCGCGUGGUCUACACUUCCCCUAUCAAGGCCCUCAGCAACCAGAAGUACAGAGAAUUCAAGGAAGAAUUCUCCGACGUUGGUUUGAUGACCGGAGACGUCACAAUUGAUCCCAAUGCUUCUUGCUUGGUCAUGACUACCGAAAUCUGGCGUAGCAUGCAAUACAAAGGCUCUGAGCUCACUAGGGAGGUAGCUUGGAUUGUUUUUGAUGAGGUCCAUUACAUGCGUGAUCGUGAGAGGGGUGUGGUUUGGGAAGAGAGCAUUGUUUUGUCCCCCAAGAAUUCACGUUUCGUCUUCCUCUCUGCCACUGUCCCCAAUGCCAAAGAGUUUGCUGAUUGGGUGGCGAAGGUGCACCAACAGCCUUGUCAUGUCGUUUAUACAGAUUACCGACCAACUCCCCUCCAGCAUUAUCUUUUCCCUUCUGGAGGUGAUGGUCUGUAUUUGGUUGUCGACGAAAAGGGAAAGUUUCGUGAAGACAGUUUUCAGAAAUCUUUGAAUGCUCUCAUUCCUGCCACUGAGGGUGACAAGAAGAAAGAAAAUGGCAAGUGGCAAAAAGGUUUGGUGCUUGGUAGAAGUGGUGAAGAAAGUGACAUAUUCAAGAUGGUGAAAAUGAUCAUUCAGCGUCAAUAUGACCCUGUCAUACUCUUCAGCUUUAGCAAAAGGGAGUGUGAGUUUCUUGCAAUGCAGAUGGCAAAAAUGGAUCUUAAUGGGGAUAAUGAGAAGGAUAAUAUUGAACAAAUAUUUUGUAGUGCUAUGGACAUGCUUUCAGAUGAUGAUAAGAAACUUCCCCAGGUUUCAAACAUGCUGCCCUUGCUGAAACGUGGAAUAGGAGUACAUCACUCUGGUUUACUCCCAAUUCUAAAGGAAGUGAUUGAGAUCUUAUUUCAAGAGGGACUAAUCAAGUGUUUGUUUGCCACCGAGACAUUUAGCAUUGGUUUGAACAUGCCUGCAAAAACUGUUGUUUUCACAAAUGUCCGGAAGUUUGACGGGGACAAGUUUAGGUGGAUAUCCAGUGGAGAAUAUAUUCAAAUGAGUGGUCGUGCUGGUCGACGAGGCAUUGAUGAACGUGGAAUAUGUAUCCUCAUGGUUGAUGAGAAGAUGGAGCCUUCUACUGCUAAAAAUAUGGUUAAAGGGGCAGCUGAUAGUCUAAACAGUGCCUUUCAUUUAAGCUACAACAUGAUUUUGAACCAAAUGCGGUGUGAAGAUGGUGAUCCUGAAAAUUUGCUACGUAAUUCCUUUUUUCAGUUCCAAGCUGAUCGUGCCAUUCCUGAUCUUGAGAAACAAAUAAAGAGUCUUGAAGAAGAGAGGGAAUCAAUUGUUAUUGAAGAAGAAAACAGUCUGAAGGAUUAUUUCAAUCUGCUUGAGCAGCAUAGAGCUUUGAAUAAGGAGAUUCGUGACAUUGUGCUGUCUCCAAGGCAUUGUUUACCUUUUUUACAGCCUGGUAGGCUUGUCUCUCUCAAAUGCACAUCAAGUGAUGAAGAUCUACCCCUCAUUUUUAUUGAGGAUCAGUUGACUUGGGGGUUGGUCAUUAAUUUUGAAAGGGUCAAGAGUGUAUCUGAAGAUGAUGCAAGCAUAAAACCUGAAGAUGCAUCUUACAUUGUUGAUGUUCUUACGAGAUGUGUUGUGAGGAAAGAUAAAAUUGGAAAAAAAUCUAUCAAGAUUGUUCCUCUGAAAGAAGUUGGAGAACCUCUAGUGGUUUCGGUUCCUAUCUCUCAGAUCAAUACAAUAAGUAGUUUGCGUCUAUAUAUACCGAAGGAUCUUUUGCCAUUGGAAGCUCGAGAAAACACACUGAAAAAAGUGUUGGAAACUCUUACUAGAUUUGGUGAGAAAGGAUUGCCACUUCUAGAUCCUGAAGAAGACAUGAAGAUUCAAAGCAGUUCAUAUAAAAAAGCAUCUCGUAGAAUAGAGGCUUUGGAGAGCCUAUUUGAAAAGCAUGAAAUUGCAAAGUCACCACUUAUAAAACAGAAAUUGAAAGUUUUUCAGAGGAAGCAAGAACUGACUGCAAAGAUAAAGUCCAUUAAGAAAACAUUAAGAUCUUCUUCUGCUUUAGCCUUCAAGGAUGAACUUAAGGCAAGAAAGAGAGUUCUUCGUAGGCUCGGAUACGCUACAAGUGACAAUGUGGUGGAAUUAAAAGGGAGGGUUGCUUGUGAAAUUAGUAGUGCAGAUGAACUGACCCUAACAGAGCUCAUGUUCAAUGGUGUUUUAAAGGACAUAAAGGUGGAGGAAAUGGUUUCUCUCCUUUCUUGUUUUGUCUGGCAAGAAAAAAUUCAUGAUGCUGCCAAACCUCGGGAAGAACUUGAUUUUCUUUUUAUGCAAUUACAAGACACGGCUCGGAGAGUUGCCCAACUUCAGCUGGAGUGCAAGGUGGAAAUUGACGUUGAGAGUUUUGUUAAGUCGUUUAGGCCUGACAUUAUGGAGGCUGUGUAUGCUUGGGCGAAAGGUUCAAAGUUCUAUGAGAUCAUGGAAAUCACUCAAGUCUUUGAAGGUAGCUUGAUUAGAGCAAUUAGACGACUUGAGGAAGUUCUUCAGCAGUUAAUAGAAGCAGCUAAGUCAAUUGGGGAAACUCAACUUGAGGCAAAGUUUGAAGAAGCUGUGUCCAAGAUCAAGAGGGACAUUGUCUUUGCUGCAUCCCUGUAUUUGUAGUUCCUUCUAGAAAUUAUUUAUUUGCAUACGCACAGUUAUGAGAAGCAAAUCAUGUGGAAGGACACCGAUUACAUGAAAUCGCCCUUGUUUCUCACCUUGGUUUUGAUCUCCACUAACACCUACAAACAUAUAGAACAAUUGUACUAUUACUACAAGUGAGUUUAAAUGAGCAAAUUUGAGCUAGAAAUCAACCUUUAAAUUACA